AUUACCUGCGAAAUCGCGAUUUGUCUGCUUCUGUACAAAGAGGGAGGGAGGGAGAGAGAGAGAGAGAUGGACAGGGUGUUUCCAGUGGACGAUAUGGCGGACCAUUUUUGGCCAGCACCGCCGGCGGCCGAUGAGGAGGUUUCUUCAUCAACAACAUCAAUGAAUAGAAGUUCAUCUGUUUGGGCAUUUGAAAGAUUUAUUCGUGAAUGCAACCAAAACACAUCUGGGUCUUCCCCUCCAUCUUCUUCCUUCUCCGCUACCACCGCCUGCGGUGCUGACAAUUCCUCGUCCGCUAAGCCCCAAAAUAACGCCGAUGCAAGAGAUCUCCAACCUCAACCUCCCUCACCACCACCAUCAUCUUCUAUGCCUUCCUUUCAUUCCACAAUUCCUCCCAGUCUUCAGAUGGAUUCCGAGGACUACCAGGCUUUUCUCAAGAGCCGUCUCAAUUUGGCUUGUGCAGCCGCCUUGACUAGGGUAUCUCAAGGAAAAAUUCAAGCCCCGGCUGCAGGAGCUGAGAACGGAGUAAAUGCUUCAUUGACCUCACAAUUGGAUUCUCCACCUAUUUCCAUUGGGGCUGGAUGUGGUACAUCUAAGGCUUUGGACAAGGAUGCUAGUGGGACACUCGGAAUACCUUCCUUGCCAACCAUGCAAAAGAGAUCUGUAACUCCUGUCAAAUCGCUAACGAGUGGAUCAGAACAGUCGGAUGAUGAUGAAGCUGAUGAAGAUGCAGAGACUGCAGAAAACAGGGAUCCUUCUGAUGCAAAACGUGUUAGAAGAAUGCUUUCAAAUAGAGAAUCAGCUAGGCGCUCCAGAAGAAGAAAGCAAGCUCAUCUGAGCGACCUUGAAACACAGGCUUCCCAAUUACAUGUUGAAAAAUCCUCCUUGCUCAAAAAUCUUACUGAAUUAAGCCAGAAGUACAAUGAAGCAGCUGUUGAUAACAGAGUUCUUAAAGCUGAUGUUGAAACAUUAAGGGCAAAAGUGAAGAUGGCCGAGGAAACAGUUAAAAGAGUAACUGGGUUGAAUCCUUUUCUGCAGGCAAUUCCUGACAUAUCUACGAUUGGCGGAAUGCCAUCAUUUUCUAAUAGCCCCUCUGAUGCAUCAACUGUUUCUGUUCAAGAAGGUGGUCCAAACCAACACUUAUAUCACUCUUCUUCUUCAAACAACCACAUGCCCACCAUUCACAAUCUGGGAAUUCAGAAUGGAUUUGUUGAAAUCCCUUCUGCAGAUAAUGUGCAACAGCAGGAUCCUGCUGGAAAUCAGAUGGGAAUAUCUGCUCCAAAGCAAACAGCAGGCAGAAUGGACAAUAAUCUUAAGAAGCGAAUCUGAGGGAUGGAUGUUAGCAGCUCAAAAGUUUCAUACUUUUCUUCUUUUUUCGGGGGAAGGUAUAGGCAUCUGAUGAAGCCUUUUGUCUACAUUUAGAUAUAGCAAGGUCUGAAGUGGAAACUUGGACUUAAUUAUAUCAACUAAAACAACAGUUGAUAGUGUUGAUUUUCUAUGGAUUGCAGUGAAUUUGGGAAAUUUAGCCCAUUGAAAUAUUACUAUGAAAGACUUUUCUCCACCAUUCUACUACAUUACAUGGAGUUGAAUGUUGUUUGGUUUGGAUC